CAGUCCGAUUGCACAGCCGGGACGCGAACCCGUAUCUCCCGCACUGCGGGCGAAAACGUUAACCAGUCGACUAAAGGGUCCGACUCGUUAACCAAGGGCUGACGUGUCUACUUAUUCGUUGAAGCGGUGUUCCUUGAGCCACUUUCUAAGUAUCGCUAAAGCGGAUACCUGCAGCUGUGGGAGCGAUGAUUCCGAGAAUUGCAUUUUGGAAUCAGGCUUCGUGGACGAAGAGUCGUCUUUCUCGGGCUGACACCGUUUUACGCCGAGCCUGCAGACGUCCAGGUCCACUAGUCCAGACAUGCUGUGCCAUACAUGUGGACAGCCCACCCAUCAUCCCAUCUCUCACCACUAGCUAUGCCCAUGGUACCUCUUCAAAAUCUUUAAUUCACUGUACAGUGGCAGAAACCCUGCUGCACGCUGUCGAGCGCUCCCCUGACAAAGAGGCCAUUGCAUUCCUGCAGGAUGGCAUUAGGAAGACCUUUGCAGAAUUUCAGCAGGAUGUGGACCAGGCAGCUGCAGGGCUGUUGGCCCUGGGACUGAAGCGAGGGGACCGGCUGGGUAUGUGGGGACCCAACAUAUAUGAAUGGAUCCUGUUUCUGUUUGCCACGGCCAAAGCUGGCAUUAUUUUGGUCUCUGUGAACCCAGCUUACCAGGCACAGGAGUUGGAGUUUGCGUUGCGAAAGGUUGGAUGUAAUGCUGUAGUGUGCCCGACACAGUUUAAGACUCAGAAAUAUUGUGACCUGCUGAGACAGCUUUGUCCAGAAAUUGACUCUUGCAGCCCAGGAGCCAUCAAGAGUGCUAGGCUGCCGAACCUCCACUCAGUGAUCGUCACAGAUAGUCGACAAGCAGGGAUGUUUCAUUUUGACGACGUCAUGCAGGCGGGCAGCAGCCAGCACAAACAACAGCUGCAGGAUCUCCAGAAAAAGCUCUCGUUUGACGACCCAAUAAACAUCCAGUUCACCUCGGGCACAACCGGAGCCCCUAAGGGUGCCACCCUAUCCCAUUUCAAUGUCAUCAAUAAUGCCCAUUUUGUGGGAAUGCGAGUAGGCUAUGAAUGGAAGCCUCACAGUAGCAUCUGUUUGCCCGUGCCUUUGUACCAUUGCUUUGGUUCUGUGGGUGGUGCCAUUUGCAUGGCUGUGCAUGGCACCUCCCUGGUCUUCCCCUCAACAGCGUAUGAUGGACGGGCCAACCUGGCAGCUAUGGAGAGUGAACGGUGCACUAUGAUCUAUGGCACUCCCACCAUGUAUGUGGAUAUGCUUAACCACCCUGAACUGGCCAAGUUUGACCUGUCAUCAGUUGAAGGAGGCGUCAUGGCUGGUUCGCCUUGUCCCCCUGAAAUCACAAGGAAGGUCAUCUCCACCAUGGGCAUCAAAGAACUAGUAAUUGCUUACGGGACCACAGAGAACAGCCCAGUGACUUUCUGUGGCUCUCUCAAAGACGACCUGGAGCGGAAGACUGAGACAGUGGGGUACAUCAUUAACCACCUUGAGGCUAAGAUAGUGAACCCUACCACUAGGGAGAUUGUGCCGCUGGGGAUGCAGGGAGAGCUGAUGAUCAGAGGCCACUGUGUGAUGCUGGAGUACUGGAAUGAAGAAACGAAAACAAAUGAAUGUAUCACUAAAGACCGCUGGUACAAAACUGGUGAUAUUGCCACCAUGGACGAGUACAGCUACUGUCGGAUCGAGGGCAGGAUCAAGGACAUGGUCAUCAGGGGAGGGGAGAAUAUCUACCCGGCCGAAAUUGAACAGUUCCUACACACACACCCCAAAAUCAAGGAGGCCCAGGUGGUCGGUGUGAAGGAUGAACGUAUGGGAGAGGAGAUUUGUGCCUGCAUCAAGCUGCUGGUGGGUGAGGAGUGCACCGAGGAAGAAAUUAAAGCAUUCUGCAAGGGCAAGAUUGCCCACUUCAAGAUUCCUCGUUACAUAACAUUUAUGGACAACUACCCACUCACUGUAACUGGAAAGAUUCAGAAGCACAAACUGCGUGAGCAGGUGGAGAAGGUGCUCGGGCUGUGAGGAAUGGAAGAUGAGAUUUCAGAUGUUUAUGGAUUGAAAAAAAACUAAAAUGUUCUGCAGACUCUUCUUCCUGAGCAUGUUGGAAUCACAUACACAGUUGUCAUGCUAUCCAGAGAACUCCUGGGGCUUCUCUUCAGACACCGUGAUGUGUGAUGUCUGACUAUGCAGCUACUGUAUGUCUCGUGCCAGAUUGCAAUAUGCAUUUUACUGUUUUGCCAAUGUCCUGUAAUGGGUGAAUAAUGUGAAUUUAAGCCAAAAUGUAUAUUCUACUGCCGUGUUCUUGAAUGUGUUCUGGGCAGCUGACCUGUGAGAUUACCCAUCAACGGUGCUUGUUUUGUUUUUAAGAUAAUGCCAUGCAAGAUUUUUUUUUACCCACAAUAUGCUUCCCAUAUUCCGAUCCAUGCUUGCCAUUUGGUGUUUUUCAAUACUGUAUCCUGCUUCUUAUUUUGUAUAAAACUUUACAUUCAAAUGGUUAUAAAAAUCUUU